AUGAAGACGACAUCUAUAAUCCUAGUAGAUUGGGGAAAGCAGAAUAAGCCAUUGGCACCAGCACCGGGGCCAGCUACUCAGACGAACCCGCCAGCCGCAGCACCACCCCCCCCUCCUAAAACAGCUGCCGCACCUCCCCAGUCGACUGCAAAGGCGCCGGCACCACAGCCGACUGCAAAGGCACCGGCACCACAGCCAACUGUGAAAGCACCGGCACCACAGCCGACUGCAAAGGCACCGGCACCACAGCCAACUGUGAAAGCACAGGCUCCUCAGCCGACUGCAAAAGCACCACCACCACCCCCUCCUAAACCAGCAGCCGCACCUCUCCAGCCAACUGCAAAGGCACCGGCACCACAGCCAACUGCGAAAGCGCCGGCACCACAGCCGACUGCAAAGGCGCCGGCACCACAGUCAACUGCGAAAGCGCCGGCACCACCCCCUCCUAAACUAGUAGCCGCACCUCUCCAGCCAACUGCAAAAGCACCAGCAGCACCACAGCCAAUUCAGGCCCCCGCCCCAGGCCCUUCCACCCCUUCCUCUCUGCAACCUCCGCCUGCUGGUGUAAAUGUUCAAGAAACCGCCCCCGCAAUCCCUAACCAUUCUAAGCGCCAGGAUGACCCAACGCCGUCGAAUAACGAUCCAAACCAAGGUCCUGUGCAGGGAGACGCCACAAAUACGGCAACGAGUUCAGUUGCUUUGGGUGAAGGGGCAUAUCCUACGCCCAAGGGGACCCCAGCCAUCCCAGAAAGUCCAAUGAAAGAAGCAGUUCAGCAUUGGUGGGACGCUCCUCGUUCAGAUCUAGAGGAUCCAUCAACAGACGAUUCCAGGUCAAGGCUCGAAGAAUUGGUGUCUAAUGCCGAUUCAUUGUUUGUGAAUAGGAAGAGCAAAGCUUCCAUCCGUAAUGCUCUCGAAUACAUCCCUUUAUUUACAUCUGAUCUUCUCAGAUCGGCUUCAGACGUGGCCCUUCCACCACAAUUUGCGGUGUUCGGGAAAUUCCUAGGCCCUGAAUCAGCAGAUUCAAAAAGCUGCCUAAUACGUGAUGAGUCAAUUGGUCGUCUUCAAAAACCUUUAUCCGGCCUCGUCUUCCACUAUUCUCCGUAUCACUCAAAUGUCGAAAGCGAGCCAUGCGAGGCAGCCCAUCUCGCAAACAUGAGAGAUAAUUCUAAGAACUCGUUGGCUCCCCAAGUCACAGUCCUUGUAUCCCCUUCAAAUAUAGGGAAUAUGCGAACGGCCUAUGCGAAUAUACCAAAUGUCACAAUCAGGGAGUUUCAGCUGAAUCCGAGCCAGUUGAACAUUGACACCAUGUUCGAUUUGAUGUCGGUGCGGGAGAAUAGUGGUCUUCUCUAUAUGGACAUUGUUCGUCGAGUAUUAAGAGAUAUGGCAAUCGAAAACAAUGCUACCAACAAGCCCUUCGACUAUGAUAAAUUCAAAAAACUACUAUUUCAAGGUGAACUGGUGGGGAUGCAAUCGCGUCCGUUGAAACAACGACUCACUAUUUUGGAAUCAUUCAUCGGUCCAAAAGAUAGUCCAAACUUGUUUCACGCGACACCGGGAACAGUGACUAUCCUCGAUCUUACUUGUCCCUUUGUCGAUUCCGAGACCGCCUGCGUGCUAUUCGGUAUUUGCAAUCAAUUGUUUACUUCUGCCCCCAAACUUUCGGGGAAAAUAAUUGCUCUAGACGAAGCGCAUAGGUACAUGACGGACAAUGCCUCUGCGUCGGUAAAACGAUUUGCAGAGUCAAUAAUCGGAAAUAUCCGACUUGAACGUCAUUUGGGUCUGAGAACGAUAGUUAGUACCCAAGACCCUUUCAUACAUCCUGAGAUUAUGGAGUUAUCUUCGAUGGUUAUAUUUCAUCGAUUCGAUAUUCCUCGGUGGUUUGAAGAAAUACGGAAGCAUGUUGGGUUUCAAACCAAGACCCAGGCACCCGAGCCCUCGCAAAACGUCUGGGGAGACGAGGAGUUACAGAAACCGGAGGCGGACAUUUUCGGGGAAAUCAAGGGUCUUGAUACUGGCGAGGCGUGCAUCUACUGUCCUAAGCUAGUAAUACCCGAAAAUAGCUGGGGGGUAUCGACUUUGAAGAAGUUCGGUAAUGGAGUUUUCAAAGUUAUGAUACGGCAGAAGAUCACCAUAGAUGGUGGAGCGUCGAAAAAUGUUCUUUGA